GCAGGGCAGCCCCCCUCCCACCCCAGCUGUCCACUCCCAUCACAGCCGCGCUGCGAGUCCUGCAGUCACUGCCAGGAAUAAACCCCGAGCGGCCUGAAUCAUCCCAGGCACCGCUUUGGGAAGGUGACCCCACCCCUGACCUCACGCUGGAUGCUCCUAUAUAAGUCUGGGAGAACAACGUGUUUUGCACGGCACGCGGGUUGCAUUUAAGAGCAGCUGGGAAAACCACGUCGGAAGGGAUCGGAGCCGCAGGAGCCGCAGGAGCCGCAGUUAUGUCGCAGCCAGAGCCAGUGAAAAAGAAGCGUCCUCCAGUGAAGGAGGAAGAUCUCAAAGGCGCUAGAGGGAACCUUUCCAAAAACCAGGAAAUUAAGUCCAAAACCUACCAAGUCAUGAAGCAGUGUGAACAAAUGGGCUCUGCAGCACCUUCCAUAUUCAGCCGGGCUCGGACGGGAGACGAAACAGUCUUUGAGAAGUCUAAAGAUGAGCCACCCAAAAGCGUCUUUGGUUGAGAGCUGAGCUGCACGUACCUCACCAGGAUGAUUGUUGUAACAUUAUUCCAAAUUUCUACCCCUUGCACUAAGCUCACCAUAGCCAUAGAUACCCAAUUUCUACCUUAAGUCAUUAAAAAGGGAGCGGGGUUAAUAUCGAAGGGUGCAACUCCCAUUUUAGUUCUUAUUACGGGCGUCCUUUCCAUGUGUUGAAAGGUGUUUGCUGCAGUGGUUUGGUAAAUAAAAUGAUUUUUGGACACAG